AUGUCCACCACCACUACUACCACCGUCGCUCAGCCGCAACAAAUUACCGCCGAAAACAUCCUCCGCCUAUUCCCCCAGAUCAACACCUCCCUAGCCAAUGCCACUUCUGCCACCCACGACAACGACCUCGACGGCUAUGAUGAAGAGCAGAUUCGCCUUAUGGACGAGGUCUGCAUCGUUCUCGACGAGAACGACCUGCCUAUUGGUAGCGCCAGCAAGAAAGUUUGCCACUUGAUGGAGAACAUUGACAAGGGCCUGUUGCACCGCGCUUUCUCCGUCUUCCUCUUCGACAACAAGAACCGUCUGCUCCUGCAACAAAGAGCCUCUGAGAAGAUUACUUUCCCCGACAUGUGGACCAACACCUGCUGCUCACACCCUCUUGGUGUCCCCACCGAGACCGGCUCCACCCUCGAGACCGCCAUCAUGGGCGUCAAGCGUGCUGCUCAGCGCAAACUCGACCAAGAGCUUGGAAUCAAGGCACACCAGGUCCCUCUAGACCAGUUCCACUUCCUCACCCGCAUCCACUACGUCGCUCCUAGCGAUGGCAAAUGGGGCGAGCACGAGAUUGAUUACAUCCUUUUUAUCAAGGCCGACGUCGAUCUCGAAGAGAACCCCAACGAAGUCCAGGCCACCAAGUACAUCACCGAAGACGAGCUCAAAGCCAUGUUCAAGGACGACUCGCUCUUGUUCACGCCGUGGUUCAAGCUCAUCUGUCAGAGUAUGCUCUUUGAGUGGUGGGGAAGCCUUGACCAAGGCCUUGACAAGUACAAGGGCGAGACCGCCAUCAGGCGUAUGCUUUGA